AGCAAACUUCUUACCACCGCAGGUCAAACUUCAUACUAUUAAAUUUGUAAACUUUCACUGCAUCAGCACAUUUUUGUAAAUGGCUUCCUUGGCUCUAAAUAAAGACGAACUUAUUUCUGAACUUACACUAGAAGUAAAGAGACUUACUUCUGAACUUUCCAAAGAAAGGGAGAAAGCCAAAUUUUUAACUAACGAAAUUUCAGCGUUGAAGGCAUCUAGAGUUGCUUUGCACUCAGAAGUCGAGCAAGAAGAGGAAUACAUGUCUAACACCUUUUUAAAGAAAAUUAAAGACUUUAGAACCGAAAAGGAAAAUCUUAUCUUGUCUAUUGAGGAAGAAGAAGAAUAUCUGACUAACUCGCUUCAAAAAAAGCUUGAUCAACUUUAUAAAGAAAAAAGUGAUCUUGAAAAACAACUAGAAGAAGAAAGGUUAAACAUAACUCUUCGUUUAAACAAUGACCUCAAUAAAAGUUUAAGGGAGACCGAGAGACUUAAAGCUGAGGUAGAAAAGGUCAAUAGAGAAAAAGUUGAACUUGAAAAUGUGCUCGAACAAGAAUCUGAAUUUAUUGUAAACCGUCUACGAAAAAAAAUUCUAGAUUUGAAGAAUGAUUAAGAAAUUAAAAAAGGUUUAUUUGAAACCUAA